CAACGUCGUUUGGCGAAGGAAAAACUGGGGCGAGAAUGCAGUGGCUGCAAGUCCAUAAUGGCGGCCAUUGCCGAGAUUUCAAGCCUUCAAGAAUGGGAAGAAGAAUGGCAAGUCUUGGAACAGGAAACACAGAAGUUCAAGCAAACAAAAUUUCAAGACUAUCAGCAGAAAAUGGAUGAAUUUCAUUCCAGUCAAAAAUCCUGUGUUUCUGCCGUAAACCAGCAGAGAAGAAAACUCAGAGACUUUCAGGAAUCACUGAAACGGUUUAGGAACGGAUCAUUAAGUGAGGAACAGAAAGCUCACAUUCAAAAACUUCAGUUGAAGAUAACUGAGUUGGAAAGAAGAAUAAAGGAUUUUGAAACUAGCUUUCCUUCGCAACCAGGGUUAUUCCUCAAGCUGUGCUUAGGGAAUAUCAAUGUCUCACUCUAUAAUUCAAAGAUGGAAUACAAAAAUGACUAUGAGAGGUUUAAAUUUAAAAUGACAGUUAUCAGUAUGGUGUUUACCAUCCUAAACUUGUAUAUCUUCAACUACAGGCUAGCAGAUGCCCUGUUCCAUGCCAUGUUGUUGUGGUACUACAGUACACUAACUCUGCAGGAACAUAUUUUGAUUGCCAAUGGCUCACGGAUAAAGGGCUGGUGGGUGACUCAUCACUACCUGUCCAUCCUUUUAUCAGGCUUUCUUCUCAUUUGGCCAGAUGGAAGAGUGUAUCAGAUGUUUAGAGGACAGUUCUUCUAUUUUUCUCUGUACCUAAGUAAGUAUGUACAUUAAGCUUAAAUCAAUGUGCACAUUAAAAAGUGGGGAUCACUGUGCUUGUUUAGGAAAAGACAGUCAAACAGUUAUUGUGCUGUGUCUCUUACUUUGAAGCAAAUCUCUUGAUGUUGUGUUUGUGCAUACACUGGUUGCUACAUGCGUGGUGAUGACAUGAAAGAGAGUUUAUAAUUAA